AGAAUAAUUAACAUUUCCACUUUUUUGUUUUGUUUUGUUUCUUCUCUAAUAUAAAAAUCCAUAGUGUUGAUACAAAGAUUGUGUUCACUACUCUUACAAUUCAUCACAACCAACACAAGAGUAGUAGUACUAAUUAAAUACAUAUAUAUAUUUAUAUAGUGAUAAAAUCAUCAUGUUAGAUUGGGCACCAGUUCUAAUCGGGUGGCUGUUGUUCAUACUGCUGUCCCCAGGACUACUGUUUCAGCUGCCUGGCCACACUCGCACAGUUGAGUUCGGCAGCUUCAGUACCAAUGGCAAAGCCAUUUUUGUCCACACCGUCAUCUUCUUCGGAGUCUUCACCAUUCUUAUUUUGGCCCUCGGUAUCCACAUUGUCACAGGCUGAUUUUUUCUUUAUUAAUUUUUAAACUUUUGUUCAUCAUCAUCAUCAUCAUCUUCUUCUUAUAUUUUCAUCAAAAUGAUAACAUUUAUUAUUUUAUUAUUAUUAUUUCUUGGAUAUUUUCAUUGCCAUUGGGUGGUCUAACUACUUGAAGCCUGGCUAGGGUUUUGGAAAAAAGAGCCAAGCUAAGCUAGUGUAUAUAUAUAUAUAUAGAGGAGAGUUUAUUUAUUUA